AUGACUGAAGAGACAAGUGAAGUUGGUCUCCUCAAGACUCAAGCUUGCUUGCUACUUGUGGUGUGUUUGUGGCCAUUGGCAGAGCAAGCUCUGGCAACACCAUGCCUGGAUGGUGAAUUGAGGCUGAUCAGUAAGGAAGAAAAGAAAUGCUGCCCCAAAUGCAGCCCAGACACAGGAGACAACAACCGAUGUGCAGGCACAAGAGAUCAUGACUGCAAAUGUCGUCUGGGAUACAGCUGUACUGAUAAUGUGUGUCUCUACUGUGUAAAACUGCCUGAAUGUGCAGAGGGAGAGGAGCUGGUUAAGUUUGGUACUAUAGACUUCACAUUCAAGUGUAAACCAUGUGAGACAGGAACCUAUUCUAAUAUGAAGAACGGCUGGUGCCGUAGCUGGACUGACUGUGAAAGCUCUGGAUUUCUAACAAUCAAGCAAGGCAACAGCACACACAAUGCUAUAUGUGGUUUCCCUGUUAAAGAUUUGGUGCAAGUUCCUAAUACAAAUGAAUCUGUGUAUACCAUCCUGGCCAUUCUUACCGCAGUGGCUGUAUUUGUUCUCAUCCUGCUGACCUUCUUCUUGCACUUCUGCAUAUGGACACUGAAGAGAGAAAAAUACCACGUAGUUGACAAUCUAGAACAUAACUUGCCUAGGCUGUCACUGGCUCCACAACCAUCAUCCCAUAGAGAAGAGACUUACAGCUGCCAGUUUCCAGAGGAAGAACAUGGAGAAAAAACACCUGAAGAAAAGCCUUGCUAUUUUCACCCUCAGAGUCUACAGUGA